AAAAGCCACAGCACGCUUUGACCACCCGCAUUUGAGCUCGUCGCAACCAUGGCCGGCAAGAAAAACAUUGUAUUUGUUCUCACGUCUCAUUCCCAGCUUGGCAAUACGGGAAAGAAAACUGGAUGGUAUCUCCCUGAGGUUGCCCACCCAUACAACAUCCUUGCUCCUCAUUACAACAUCACCUGGGCUUCUCCUCUCGGUGGUGAAACUCCCUUGGACCCAUCAAGCGCAGAAGCGUUCGCAAAGGAUGAAGAGUGUAUCAAAUUUUUGAACGAUCCUGUAGCCCAGAAAGGGGUCAAGGAGACGGUCAAAGUGGAAGAUAUUCUCGCUAGAGCAAAUGAGUUUGAUGCAGUAUUUUUCCCGGGCGGACAUGGACCCAUGUUUGAUCUGUUCACCUUUGUUCCAUCUCUUCAGCUCGCGGCAAAGGUGUACGAAAACAACGGGGUAGUGGCAGCUGUGUGUCACGGUCCCGCAGCCAUCGUCAACAUAAAGCUAUCCAACGGCGAUUCCCUCGUGAAAGGAAAGCGUGUCACCUCAUUUUCUAACUCUGAGGAGGACGCUGUUCAGUUGUCGCCAGUCAUGCCAUUCCUGCUGGAGAAUGCUCUUAAAUCUGCUGGUGCAAAGUACGAAAAGGCGGCCAAAGAUUGGGAGGCUCAUGUUGUGGUUGAUGGGCGGUUAAUUACAGGACAGAACCCCAAUUCAGGUGCACCUCUGGGGGAAAAAUUGAGAGAGCUUCUAGGCUAAGUCGCCUAUUCUACCUUACUAUACACAAAAUAAAACUUUGCAUGCAUUGCCCCUCAUGGCCUCUCAUUCUUAAUACUGUACUGAGGAAUGUUGCAU